CUACAUGUCGCAGAGACGUGCAUAAACAAAAUCCUAUGCCUAGUUACUAUCAUCAAAUUUAUUCUUUGCCCUCUCUCACCUGCCAUUUCCGCGUCAAUGCGUAGCUGCAGUUCCGCACACCUUCUUCUCUCUCAACACUGUGUCUAAGCAUGGAUAUGCACACUGCAAGUACCAAGGUUCAUUCAAAUUAAUUAGUUGGUUCGAUUCACAUGCUGCUACAAGAUUUAAGCUUCUAAUUUCAAGGUGGCGGCGCUUCUAACCUGAUUUCCUAUGCGUGCAGAAUUUAAGCUUCUGAUUAAGAUGUCAUGGCCACAGCUGAACUCACCCUGUUUGUGGGAGGAUGUAAACAUUCCUAUACACCUUGGGUUCCUGGGAAUCUUACUACUCCUUUUUCUACGAAAAUGUGUGGGCAUAACGUUCAAAAGGAGGACAAAAAUUCCAGAUCAAAGCAUACACAAGUACUCCGUCGGAGCUAAAUUCAGCAUAGCUUAUAAAGCCACCAUCGUUUGCUCCAUUUUGCUGCUGGGAUUACACUUAUUAGCGCUCCUGAUGCUGCUAAAUGGUCAGGAGACCCGUUGCGACUCUAAACUUUUUGCCCUUUCAUCUCAGAUCAUGCAACUAGGAUCAUCAGUAAUUACAGUGAUUGUAGUAUACAGGGUCCUGCAUGACCAGAAUGCCAAGUUCCCUUCGCUUCUAAGAGUAUGGUGGCUUUGCAGCUUCUUGCAAUCCGUUAUCUGCGCAUCUCUAGACACCUAUUUCAGAAUUACAAACCAUGGCCGUCUUAGAGUUCGAGACUACGCAGACUUUCUUGGUGUCCUCUCAUCCACCUUCCUGUUGGGUGUUUCAAUCUUUGGGAAGACAGGCAUAGUCUUCAAUUCAUCUAGUGCAAUCACCGACCCACUUCUUCAUGGAAAGACAAGUAAACACUUGGAAGGGAAGAGCGAAUCUCCGUAUGGUAAUGCUACUCUUCUCCAGCUGAUUACAUUCUCUUGGCUCAACCCAUUGUUUGCUAUUGGUAUCAAGAAACCUCUUGAACAGGACGAAAUCCCAGAUGUUGAUAACAAGGACUCUGCUGCGUAUCUUUCCCCAGCCUUCCAAGAGUGCCUAAAUCAAGUCAAGGAGAAAGACACAACCACAAACCCUUCUAUCUACAAGGCAAUCUUCUUCUUUAUCAGAAAGAAAGCAGCCAUUAAUGCAUUAUUUGCAAUUACCAGUGCUGUAGCAUCAUAUGUAGGUCCUUAUCUCAUUGACGACUUCGUAAAUUUUCUAACUGAGAAAAAAACCCGAAACAUAGAGAGUGGUUACCUUCUUGCACUAGCCUUUCUCUGUGCCAAGAUGAUUGAGACGAUAACACAGAGGCAGUGGAUAUUCGGUGCCCGCCAGUUAGGACUUCGCCUUAGAGCUGCUCUGAUAUCUCACAUUUACAAAAAGGGCCUACUUUUGUCGAGCCAAUCCCGCCAAACUCACACUAGUGGGGAGAUCAUUAACUACAUGAGCGUAGAUAUCCAAAGAAUUACGGAUUUCAUUUGGUACCUGAACAUCAUAUGGAUGCUGCCUAUACAAAUUUCUUUAGCAAUCUAUAUUCUAAAGACAAACCUAGGUUUGGGAUCAUUGGCAGCAUUAGCUGCAACUUUAACAGUAAUGAUGUGCAAUAUACCCAUCACAAGAAUUCAUAAAAGAUACCAAUCUCAGAUCAUGGAAGCCAAGGACAAUAGAAUGAAAGCCACCUCAGAAGUGCUUCGUAACGUGAAGAUUCUGAAACUUCAAGCAUGGGACAAUCAAUUCCUCCACAAGCUCGAAAGCUUAAGGACCAUUGAAUACAAUUGCUUGUGGAAGUCUCUUAGACUUUCAGCAAUUUCAGCUUUUAUUUUCUGGGGAUCACCCACAUUUAUCUCUGUGGUGACCUUUGGAGCAUGUAUGCUAAUUGGAAUUCAGCUCACUGCCGGAAGAGUUCUAUCAGCAUUGGCUACCUUCCGAAUGUUACAGGACCCCAUAUUCAAUUUACCUGAUCUGCUCUCAGUGAUUGCACAAGCCAAAGUCUCAGCAGAUAGAGUGGCUUCCUACCUUCAGGAAGGUGAAAUUCAACAUGAUGCCAUUGAGUAUGUUCCAAAAGAUCAAACAGAAUUUGAGGUUGAAAUUGAUGCUGGAAAAUUCAGCUGGGUUCCUGAGUCAAGCGUACCAACCCUUGAUGGAAUACAGUUGAAAGUGAAGAGGGGGAUGAAGGUGGCAAUUUGUGGGACUGUAGGAUCGGGCAAGUCUAGCUUACUUUCUUGCGUUCUUGGAGAAAUACAGAAGCUGUCAGGGACUGUGAAGAUCAGUGGUACAAAGGCUUAUGUUCCUCAGUCUCCAUGGAUACUGACAGGAAAUAUCAGGGAGAAUAUUCUGUUUGGGAAUCCGUAUGACAGUGCCAAGUAUUACAGCACAGUUAAAGCAUGUGCCUUGACAAAGGAUUUUGAUCUGUUCAACUGUGGUGACUUAACCGAGAUAGGAGAAAGAGGAAUAAAUAUGAGUGGGGGACAAAAGCAAAGGAUACAAAUUGCUCGUGCAGUGUACCAAGAUGCUGAUAUAUAUCUGCUUGAUGACCCCUUUAGUGCGGUAGAUGCUCAUACAGGCACCCAACUCUUUCGGGAAUGCUUAAUGGGAAUCCUCAAAGACAAAACUAUACUUUAUGUUACCCACCAAGUUGAGUUUCUUCCUGCAGCAGACCUCAUUCUGGUGAUGCAAAAUGGGAGAAUGGCACAAGCUGGAACUUUUGAUGAACUUUUGAAUCAAAACACAGGAUUUGAAAUUCUAGUCGGUGCUCAUAGCCAAGCCCUAGAGUCAGUUCUUAAGGUUGAAACUACAAGAAGAAUGUCUCAAAACCAAGUAUCUGAUGCCAAAUCCAAUACAGAUUCUUCUGCAAAAGCAGACCUUUCAAGCACAAGACAUGACUCAGACCAUGACCUCUCUGUAGAGAUAAAAGAAAAGGGAGGAAAACUGGUGCAGGAUGAAGAAAGAGAAAAAGGAAGCAUUGGAAAAGAAGUUUACUGGUCAUAUUUAACCACUGUGAAACACGGAGCCCUGGUUCCGAUCAUACUCCUGGCACAGUCAUCGUUCCAAAUGUUACAGAUUGCUAGUAACUACUGGAUGACAUGGGCUUCUCCUCCCACAAGUGAAAGUGAGCCAGUAAUGGGAAUGAAUACCAUAUUACUUGUUUAUGUACUACUUGCUGUUGGAAGUUCUUUUUGUGUAUUGCUCAGAGCCACGCUAGUUGCAGUAGCUGGACUUUCGACAGCACAAAAGCUCUUUACAAAGAUGCUGCAUAGUGUACUCCGGGCUCCAAUGGCAUUCUUUGAUUCAACCCCAACUGGAAGAAUCUUGAACCGGGCAUCGACAGACCAGAGUGUGCUAGACUUGGAAAUAGCAAACAGACUAGGUUGGUGUGCUUUCUCAAUAAUACAGAUUAUAGGAACCAUUGCAGUAAUGUCCCAGGUUGCAUGGGAAGUAUUUGUAAUCUUCAUUCCAGUAACUGCAAUCUGCAUAUGGUACCAAAGAUAUUACAUACCGACAGCUAGAGAACUAGCCCGCUUAGCAGGAAUACAGAGAGCUCCGAUUCUUCACCACUUUGCAGAAUCACUAGCAGGAGCAGCAACUAUUCGUGCUUUUGAUCAAGAAGACCGUUUUAUUGAAGCAAACCUUGAUCUUAUAGACAGCCACUCAAGGCCAUGGUUUCACAAUGUAUCAGCAAUGGAAUGGCUUUCUUUCAGAUUGAAUAUACUAUCCAAUUUUGUCUUUGCCUUCUCUUUGGUUUUGCUGGUCACCCUUCCCGAAGGAAUAAUCAGUCCAAGCAUUGCGGGAUUGGGAGUAACAUAUGGGAUAAAUUUGAAUGUUUUGCAAGCUUCAGUUAUAUGGAACAUAUGUAAUGCAGAAAACAAAAUGAUCUCGGUAGAAAGAAUUCUUCAGUACUCAAAUAUAACAAGUGAAGCACCCCUUGUGGUUGAAGAGUGCAGACCUUCAAACAACUGGCCAGAAAUAGGAACAAUAUGCUUCAAAGAUUUGGAGAUUCGUUAUGCAGAACAUCUCCCAUCUGUCCUUAAAAACAUUAGCUGCACGUUUCCUGGAAGGAAAAAAGUUGGUGUUGUAGGGAGGACAGGAAGUGGGAAAUCAACCCUCAUACAGGCCAUUUUCAGAAUUGUCGAAGCGAAAGAGGGUAGCAUUUUAAUCGACGACGUGGACAUUUCCAAGAUAGGCCUUCAAGACUUAAGAUCAAGGCUUAGCAUCAUCCCGCAGGACCCAACAAUGUUUGAAGGAACAGUGAGAGGAAACCUUGAUCCGCUAGACCAAUACUCUGAUCAUGAAGUAUGGGAGGCUCUAGAUAAAUGUCAGCUGGGUGAUUUAGUACGCUCAAAAAAUGAAAAGUUGGAUGCCACAGUGGUUGAAAAUGGAGAAAACUGGAGUGUAGGGCAGAGACAGUUGCUCUGUCUGGGAAGAGCCUUGCUAAAGAAAAGCAGCAUUCUUGUGCUGGAUGAAGCGACAGCAUCGGUUGAUUCAGCAACAGAUGGAGUAAUACAGAAAAUCAUUAGCCAAGAGUUCAACGAUCGGACAGUGGUGACAAUAGCUCACAGAAUUCACACGGUUAUAGACAGCGAUCUUGUUUUGGUCCUUAGUGACGGAAGAAUUGCGGAGUAUGACAGCCCGGCAAGACUGCUAGAGAGAGAGGAUUCUUUCUUCUCAAAACUUAUAAAAGAGUACUCCAUGAGGUCACAGAGCUUCAAUAGCUUAGCAAAUGCGGCAGCAGGCUAGUUGCAGACAGAAAGUAACAAGAAAAGAAAAUGAUUGAAAUAAAUGGUCCAUAAGCCUAUGAAUUAAUUGGUUUAGGUCGGCAGAAAUGGUACCAGUAGUAGUAGUAGUGGUGGUGGUAGGUCCGCCAUAGGCAGAGGCAGUGACCUCCAUGUAGCAAGUAGUCGUGAGAUUAGAAAUCAAUGCAUUUGUGAUUGUGAUACAACAUGAAAGAAAAUGAAAAAUGAGUGAUCCAUUCGUUCCUGCAUCCUCUAGUCUAGCAAGCAGAAUGUAACUCUUUUUAUCCUUCUUUUUUUUUUUUUUUUGCCAAGAAUUAUCAAAUAAAACUAUUUAGUUCUUUAUUUAA